AUGAUUCAGAACUCACCGCCACGACCAUCCGCAUGGAAGGGAAAGGGGAAGAUAACAAACGAGGACUACGACGACCUACGACCGACCAUAACUUAUCGUCACAUUCUUUCUCAGAACCUUGGUGUGCGGGACCCUUUGCGCGUCAUUGCCCUCUGUGACAGCGACGCUUUCUAUGCGGCUUGCGAACGUGUCAGAUUGGGCCUUGACGCCGGCGCCCCGCUCGUGGUGCAACAAUGGGAAAGUCUCAUCGCUGUCAGCUAUCCCGCUCGUAAAUAUGGCAUAUCCAGAAUGGACAAAGUGAAAGAUGCAAAGAAGAAAUGUCCGAAUCUUGUUGCCGUUCACGUAGCUACGUACAAAGAGGGGGAAAGAGAGCCUGGCUACUGGGAGGACAUCGAUACUCGGACCCACAAGGUCUCACUUGAUCUGUACCGGCGUGAGAGCAGCAAGAUUAUCAACAUUAUGAAGCAGUCGCUUCCGAGUGGCGAAAUCGAGAAGGCAUCUAUUGAUGAGGCCUUCUUGGACUUGACGAGGCCAGUUCGCGAGAAAUUGCUUGAAAGAUAUCCUUACCUCGCCAAGUUCCCUGACGACGCACCUGACGGGGCCGACAGCCCACUACCUCCUCCACCGCCGAUCGAUUGGAAUCAGCUUGGUGAAUUAGUCCCUCUGACUGCGCCGGGUGAAGGGUCCGAACCUCAGGAUGAGAUCUCAAACCAUGAAGAUGACCACUUUACUACCUGGCAUGAUGUUGCAUUGUCGAUAGGGGCGGAACUCGUCACAAAGCUCCGAGAGGAAAUCUUUAGGCAACUGGGUUAUACGAUGUCUGCGGGUAUUUCACGCAAUAAAUUCCUUGCCAAGCUCUGUGCAUCCUACAAGAAGCCCAACAGCCAGGUAAUUGGUACCGUACUACGAAAUGAUGCUAUCCCGUCAUACCUCCGACCCAUGCCGUUCCAAAAGAUACGAUUCCUUGGUGGAAAGCUUGGAGAUGCCCUUGUCAAAGAAUAUGAUGUUUCAACAGUUGGUGAUCUACUGACGGUGUCUUUGGACGAGAUGCAAAAUAAAUUUGGUGAAAACGCGGUAUGGGUUUAUGAACUUCUGCGCGGGAUUGACGGAGGCGAAGUGAAAGAGAGGUCGGCUCUCUUCAAGAGCAUGCUAGCAUCCAAGAACCUCCCGAAGCCUAUAACGACGUUUGCUGAUGGCCAGCACUGGAUCCGGGUUCUGGCUGCGGAGCUAGCACUAAGACUGAAAGACGCGCGUGAGGAAGUUCCCACUCUGUGGCCGAAAACCAUUGUCCUCCAUGCCCGAAAAGCAGGAUACGAAACGUCAAAAUCCAAGCAAGCAGCAUUUCCGUUUACUAAAGACGUUAGCGUCGACGUGAUAGCAUCUGCGGGAAACAAACUGUGGAAAGAACUUAUGGGUGGCGCCGCCAAAGUCAAUAUCACGAAUGUGCAGCUUGCGUUCACAGGCAUCGAGGCCGCCGAAACCGGUCAACAGAGCAUUGAUGGCUUCUUCAAGGUCAGGGAUGUCCACCAUCAACCUCUCAAGCGCCCUAGGGACGACGACGACGAAUUAUCCCCUACGAGGGCUGAGAGUAGCAUCCAAGACGUCCCAGAGCAGCAGGAACGAUCUUGGACGUCAUUUGUCUGCGACCGGUGUCAGAACCGUAUUGCACUUCGAGAUGACCAACUUGACUGGAGUGACGACGAGCGGGCCCGCGCCUUAGCGACAUUGCGACAGGAACACGAAGAUUUUCAUUUUGCACAAGAUUUGGAAAACGGCUCUCCGCUAAAGAAGCCGAGUUCAUCAUCGCGGCCAGCGUCCAAACGAGGUCGGACUGUGGAGCCCCAAGGUAUUGCAAAAUUCUUCGGUAAGAAGUGA